GCACCGUAGUUUUACCGGUGACCUUCGUUCGUGUUGUACGAUUUCGGUGGGUUGUUGACAAAAGUUCAAUAUUGUUUCCGAAGCUAUUGUUCUACACAGUGUGACUACAGUGGACGUUCGGAUUAUUACGCGUAUUCCGCUGAUUAGUUUGUGAUUAAUAGGUUUAGAGGUUAGAGACGCAAACAUUUUUCGGGUCGGUUUCCGUAUCGGUUGUGAUUGAUAAACAAUUUUCGUAUCGGUUGUGUUGGUGAAGUGUAAAAGCCAUGUCCUCCGACAACGUGGAGAAUUUGGUUCAUUCGAACCAGGUCCUGACCUGGCGUCCGGCACCAAAGUGCCCGAAGUGCCACCAGGCCUUCACUUCGAGCUACGUCAAGCAAAGCGUUUCUCGGCGGGCGUUCAUUCUGGGAUGUGAUCAUCUUAUGUGCGAAAGAUGCAUUAUGGACCAAAUGUACACGCCGAAUCGUGCAGCCAUCUGUCGGAUCUGCAACAUUCGUACGCCGUUGGAUCCGAAGCGCCGUAUUUACGAACAGCUUCAUUACAGCUACCAAAUGAUGGGGAUUAUCUAUCAGCGUCAGCACGAGGUUUCCCGGCUGGCUACGGUAGUUGCUGGUCCCUCGGCUCCGGGAGAAACCGUUCCCGUUGAGGAAGAGGAGGACAUGGAGUGCUACGAGUGUAAUAUGACGCGUACGCGCCACUACUGCCAGGAGUGUGAUGCUGCAUUGUGCAAGGAUUGUUUCGAAAAGAUCCACCGCGUCGGGAAGAUUCUUGCCAAGCAUAAGCUGUGCUCGAUUACGGCUAAAAAGUGGAUGCAGGGCGACAUUAGCAUCUGCGACCAGCACAAGCUGACGACGGUGCUUUUCUGCACCAGCUGUGAGGUGCGGGUCUGCACCGCAUGUCGGGAUGAAAGCCAUUCGUCCCAUUACUGUGCCGAUUUGUUGGACAUCAACCGGGAGGCCCAGCCGCGGCUGGACCAGCUGCUCAAGGAUAUGGAGUCGGCGUACGCAAUGAACGAGCAAGGAAGAAAGGUAUGUGGACACCAUCAGAUGUUAUGUGCUAUGUUAUAAAAGUGAAUGUUGUGUCACAUUCCUAGAAAAACGAUCCAAGUUCUGGCAAGGUUGUGC